GGACGUGGGGGGACGAGGACAGGAAUGAGGAAAGGGGUGGGAGGGGGACCCGUCUGGCAGGGGCGCUCGGACCAUGCAAAUAACACUGCUUCUCAGGGUCCAGGAGGACAGAAGAGGGGGUGGGGAUCAGGAGCGGGGCAGGGGUCUCAGCCUCCCGUCAAGGGGGCGGGGGAAGGUCGAGUGACGCGAGACUGGUUUGGAGCAGGCGGAGUUGGGACCUGCUUGAGGGAGGUAGGAGGGGGCUGGAACCAGAAAGAGCAAAAGCAGGAGAAAAGGAGGAAGAGAGGCUAGGGCGGCUCACUGGGGCUGACGCUGCCCCAGCCGCUCAGAGCCCCGGGAAUCUCCGCUUCUCUCUUAGGGGAGAAGCCCCCCCUCCCCUCCCCACUCACAGCUCUCUCCUCCUUCCUCUCGCAACGCAACUUCAGCUCGGAGCGCACCUCCCUCUCCCCGCCUCCUUCCCAGCCUUCCCAGCCUUACACUGUCUGGAGAGCUCGCCCUCGGACAGACCGGGAAACUUGAGCCCCGUGGAGCGGCGCUGGGAAACCUGCCUCCUCUCCCCGACGGGCGGACGCUGCAGUCUCCGAUCCCCGUCUUUCCCUUCUUCCACUCGGACUUGAACUCGACUGUUUACUAGUCGGCGAGGGAAGUCCUCCUGGUCCACUUUUGCAGGCGCAUCGGGCUCCCCAGCCUCAACCAGACUCCAUAGGUCCAGGGGAGAAGGAUCCCAGCCGCUAGGGAAAGCUGCGAGCGAACUCCCGGAGCCAGCUCUUCUUGUCCUUCUUCCCUCCGCCCUCCGUCACGUAUCUCUCUCCUCUCUACGUGGGGCUCAGGCUGAAACCCAGAACAACAAAACGUAGAUCUCUCCCGACCGCUGCCUUUUUCUCCUCUUCCCUCCCUCCCUCCUUCUCCUUUUUUUUCUCCCUCUUUUUCCUUUGGAGGAAAGAUCCGUGGGCGCCUCAGAAACUAGAGACUCUCCUGGAGACCACUUCGGAGCUAAAAUAGAUUCAGAGGCGUGGGGUCUCCCCUGGUCUCUCUAAACCUCCUCCCCAGUCUCCAGCCAGCUACGGAAAGAACCAAAAAACAACCCUAGACAAACCCAGGACUGUUUCGGGGAAGGGAACGUGGUGGUUUGGAGAACGGAACCCCCCUUUCCAGCCUCUAACUAAUCUAUGCAGCUAUGUCUUCAUUUAUAGGCGCUUCUGCCUGGUCUAGGCUUCCCAACAGCUGAGACGCGCCCAGGACUGAGAUGGAGCACUGCGCGGCUACUCUCUGAUCCUACCUCCCGGCUGCCCAGGGAGCUAGCCGAGGGAGCGGAGCCGCCAGACGGACCGCGGCAGGCGCGGACACUCGCAGCGAGUCGGGUCGGGGAGCUGGGGGUGGGGGGGCGGGGAGGCGCCGAUGGACGGGGAGAUGAAGGUCUGAGGCUCGGUUCUGUGAAACGUGACCAUGUGGAUUAAACAGCUCUUAGGAAUCAGUUCGAUGUCUGUCCACUGGUCGGGUUGCCCUAUAGGAAGCCAUGCUUGGAUACUUAUAGCCAUGUUUCAACUAGCCAUGGAUUUCCCCACCUGUGAAUCUCUAGCUCAAGGCCCAGAAUUCAGGCUUUUGCCUCGGCCUUUCCACAAUUCCCGAUUGUGGAGUUUUAAGAAUGGACUGGCAACGAAGAUCCCCACCCCUUUAUGGAACCUUCUUUCAUUUCGUCCUGAACGUGCACAUGGACAGAUAAGGACAUAUCAUUCCAGAGGGACCCACAGAACCAGGGACCAGGGAGUCAUCCCUUUGAAAAGUGGGUCAUCAAAACACCCAGAAGCUGCCAAAUUCAACCCUUCUAUUCUGUCCUCGUUGGGCAGUGGGAGUAUAGAACAGCAAACACCUUUGAGAAGGGACAAAAGGCACCUACAGGGGGGUAGUUUGAAUAAUUUUGACUUCAGAGGGAGCAAACCAACAGUGGAAACUGAAUUCAUUGCAUGGGGUCCUACAGGCGAAGAAGAAUCUGUAGAAUCUAGCACAUCUCCUGGGAUUUAUGGCCCUACCACUGUCUCUAUUUUACAAACCAGAAAGACAACUGUGGCUCCCACUACCACCACCACCACAAGCUACGUCACUCUACAGACUAAGGGAUUCCUAGAAUCCCUUAGUCCUGGGAUUAUUAAGAACAACCCUAACUAUCCGGGUAGGAUUAGCACAACAGAACCCUCCACUGUCUCCAACAGCAAUGGCAAAGAAAUCACGCCGCCACGGAUUGUGGAGCCCUCAGGUCUGGCUGUCCAUCAGAUAAUAACCAUCACUGUCUCCCUCAUCAUGGUUAUAGCUGCUCUGAUUACAACUCUUGUCUUAAAAAAUUGCUGUGCACAAAGUGGAAACACGCGAAGAAACAGCCACCAACGGAAAAUCAAUCAGCAAGAAGAGAGCUGCCAAAACCUGACGGAUUUCACUCCUGCCCGGGUGCCCAGCAACUUGGACAUAUUUACCGCCUAUAAUGAAACCCUACAAUGCUCACAUGAGUGUGUUAGGACCUCAGUGCCCGUGUAUACUGAUGAGACUUUGCACCCAACUGGAGAGUAUAAAACCACCUUUAAUGGAAACAGACCUUCUUCUUCUGAUCGACAUCUAAUUCCUGUGGCCUUUGUGUCUGAGAAAUGGUUUGAAAUCUCCUGCUGACUGGCCGAAGUCUCUUUUACUUCCUGGGGGCAGGGCAGACGCCAUGUGUCUAUUUCCUGGAUUCCGUUGGUGAACCUGUAAAAAAACAAAAACAAAAACAAAUAUAAAAAACAAAAAAAAGAAAAAAAAACAAAAAAUGAAAAAAAAACACAAAAAACCCACAAAAAGUCCUAAGACUUAAAAUAGGGGAGAGUAUCCCCAAACCUACAAUUUCUGUUUGCCAGUGGAGAACUCAUGGAGCAGAACUCUAUAGGCCAAAUAUAUUUUUAUAUUAAAAAAAAUGAACGUGCCUAUAGGCAACCUUCAUUGUCCCCAAGGAGUUUUUUGGGGAGAAGAAGAAAAACAGUUUCCAGAAAUAAAAGGGAAAAUGAUUCUCUGAAGACAAAAGGAGGAAAAGGAGACCAAUGCAAAGGACAAGAUGGACCGCCUGGAAUUGUGGAAGUUGGACAAUGAUUCUGAACCUGUGCCAAUAACACCAUUACGUGCCAUGUACUGAGCUGAAAGAUUUUGUUUCAAACAUGAAGCUAAGUUAAUUACACAUAGAAAUAUUACAGAAAACAGGGUUGGGGAUUUCUCUUCUGAGACAGUCAAUAUUUCUGGUUAAUAUACAUAUAUAAAUAUAUAAAUACAUACAUGGACACACACACACAGACACUUUUUUGUACUGUAGCAAUUUUUGAAGCUCUUAAAUGUUCCUUUUUAAAGAAAAUGUGUCAUGGGUUACAGAAUCUGAUUUAUUUAACAUGCUUAGUAUGGACUAAAUAAACUGGUGUUUUUUUUUUUACUUCGGCAGCUUGCCUCUCCAACAUAUAUCUAUAUACAUAUAUAUAUUCACACAAACAUAUAUAUGACCAUUUAGAAACAUUUCCACUAGUGAGCAGUAGUCUUCUAAAGACCCAUCACCAUCAACCCCAGGGGACAGCCUUAGUCAACAUUUUGGAGCACUCGUUGUAAAUGUGUUCACUUAUCAACAGCUGCAAUCUAAUGCUUCUACUUUAGAUCAGAAGGAGUGUCCUGGUUCUAUUUUUUGUUAUUGUAGUUAUUUGGUUUGAAUAAUUUGGUUGUUUAAAAAUACUACCUAAGAGCCAGAGGCACAUUGUUUUUGGUGACUGGCUGAUCUUGAAGAGGACUAUGGGUAGUGGAGGGUGGGGGUAUGUACCAUGGAUCAUUGAAGCUUAUGAGUGUGACAUAAAGAUAGAAUGAUGAGUGAGUCUCAAAAUUAAAAGCAUUUAUACAUGUGUAUCUGCGUGUAUGCAUGUAUGUGUGUCUAGAGCUAUUCCAAACUGGAUGUGUCAGCUUCAGGAGCCAAUGCAUUCCCAAUUGGAGGUCUUCAAGUAAAGAUUAGACAACAGGUAUGUUAUAGAAAAUAUGUUUUUUUUCAGUUGUUUGUUUAGAUGGCUUCUAACUACAAAAUGCUAUUACUGUGGGUAUGCAUAUGUGUGUGUGUGGGUAUGCAUAUGAAUGUGUGUGCACUUCUCAGAAAAAAUGUUCAUUUCAUUCUAUUUGGACAUCACAACAAUUUUAUUCUUACUUGACCCAGGAAGUUCACACUUCAGCAUUGAAUAGCCCUAUCCAGGCUUUCCAAAAGCCACUUUAAGCAUUCCCCUAAAUUGGACUUAUACUGAUAAAACCUGAUGGGGAAUGUGGGUAAGUUUCAAUUUAUAUCAUGGGUCUGAACUUCCAUUUCUGAGUACUGUGAGAAUAAUUUUAUUUAUUAUUGUUUAUAAAUCCAGAAUCCUUCACUAGGGUCAACUACCCUAGAAAAUCCUAUGACAUUUCUUAGUUGAUGUAAACAAAACCAGAACACUGUAAUCAAUAGCCACAUCCAUGCAUCACUAACCAAAUAUAAUACACACCAAAUCUGCCAGUACACCAAAGGAAUAGAUGGUCUCGGUGAAGGUCACCUAUUUGGUGCACCAGCACCAAGCAGAGAAAUAAAAACAUCUUUUAAAUAUUUUGUUGAAUGAAUAGAGUAGAAAUCCAAACUCUGGAGUCACAUGCUCAGUCCUAGAAGUAGAAUGGACUUUGGAUGGGUCAUCUACACUCUUCCCAUUGGUUCCCCUUGGGGCUAAGUACAAGUCUUUACCAUUUGGUUGACCACGCCCAAGGCUGACAUCACUAUGUUUCAACCAACUGAACUAAAUAUACCCAAUAAGUGGGUCUUUGACUGGAUAGAAAAAGGUUUUUCCACUUUUUUUUUUUUUUUGAUCAAAGAGGUGAGACAUUAAGUAGAUGAAUUCCUGAUUCCUUAACAUCUCCUUCAAACAAUUGUAAACUUGAAAAAAAAAUUGUAAACUUUUCUACAUUUAGAAAUGAGAGAAGAAAAGAGGAGCUUUUAAAAAAAAAGAAAAGACUUUUGUAGCAACCUCAUUGUUUUGUUUAUGUGUUCUGUUGUUUCUAAAGAGUGAAGGAAAAGUAUAUUGAAUAGUGCAGUAGAGAAAGGAGUAAUAUGUAAAAGACUCUUCCACAAAUUGCUUUUGACCAUUUGAUGUUCAUUUCCCUUAAGAAAUCACAAACUAUGCAUCUCUUUUGUUUCAAUAUCCAUCAACAUCCAGAUAUUUGCAGUUAACAGUUAGGUAUCCUUCAUGAGGGAGCUCUGUUAUUGCUGGUUUUCUCUCUAUGCAUUCAAGUUGGCUUUCCUAACCUUUGGCAACCUGAUUCUUUGAGUGAAUGAAGCUGGAUAUGAUGGAUCCACAAGCACAUCCUGACUUUGAGGCUGGAUUCCUCAGCAAGAUGGAUUGACUACAUGCCUUUUGACCUUAAAUUGUACUCUUAGGUGCAAUUUCCCCAAGACCAGAAUUUUCAAUUCAAUGUAAUCUAAUUCAAGGCAAUUUGAACCAAUUGAAGUCAACUCAACAUUUAUUAAGCACAUUCUUUGUGCUGGUAAAUUGAGAUAGCAACAAAAAAAUAAAAGAGAAUCUGCCCUUGAGGAGGCAAUGUUCUAUUAGAAUUCAUUGUAAUUGAGGAUGAAUUUCACCUCUGCAUAUUCUAAAUGAUAACCAGUUCAUGCGGUUUCAAAAUAGACAACACAGUAUACACAUCCUUGAACUCACAGGAUCUUCAUGGAUGAAAAUUUUCUCAUGUACAUGAAUAAAUGGAAUAUAACCCUG